AUGUUGCAAUUGCCCACGAUAAAGGUCUUGGAUAUUGAAAUUCUAACGGAUUGGGACUUUGAGAAUGUCAAGGCCUUUGGGGAUAGUAUUCCCGGCUUCCGGUCCAGCUCGACUUUCCUGACAACCCUCCGUUCUAAUCUCCACCUCGCUUCCGACCUCUCUCCUCUGAACAGCCUCGUCUCUACACCCACUACCCCAGCAUUCGCCAUCAGCCACCUCCCGCAACCUUCUUCCCUCUCAAUCACCACCACUCCCUCCAAAAAUUCCCUAUUGAAACUUGACCCCAAACCGGAGCCGAUCCUCUCGACAGCCCUCGCCCUACCCGGAGCCCCAGAGGACCGCAGUGCAGCUCUACGUCUUAUUGCAGACUCGGUGGUGCAGCAGAGGCAAUUAGCUGCCAAAGAGCUAGUGUUGCACCCGGCUACAUUGGCUGUCACUGUGCUUGUAAUUGCGGUUCUGGCACAGUUCUGCGAGUGGAGGCCUCUGUUCACUGCGGCCGCUGGACUCACGGUCGCUGCCUUAGCUGCAAUAUACUGGAUCACGAUCGAUUACGCAACACUGGCUGAGAGGAUCAAUUGGGAUUGGCUGGGUGGUUACACCCCUCCUUCGACUCCUACUGGUGAACGUGGCAGUGGUCUGAAAAAACAAUCCAAAUGCGACGAUCCUGUUGUAUUAGUGUCCAAAUGGGGUGAGGAGGUUAUCGGCGCGUUAAUAAUGAAGGUGGUAAAGAGGGAGAGGAAGGCGUAUGUGAGAGCGUGGACCGUGGACGCAAGUUGUAGAGGCAAGGGGAUUGGAGUUGGCUUGUUAGAGGAAGGCGUGAGGGUUGCGUGGGGAAAGGGAGCGAGGGCUUUCGAAUUUGAGAGAGGCCAUGCUAAUUCCCACCGUGUGCUUCCACCAUUGUUUAAUGGCGGCUUCGAGAAGAGAGAUGCAACUGCGAGAGUAGUGCUGGCCGAUGUUGUCAAGGAGAUUAGACGGGAGAGAAGCAGUAGAUGA